CUGCGCUGAAAGACCUAUCUGCUGCACAUUUACGCACCGGGAGAGAAGCUGCACGGUGCACGCGCGGCGGGGGUUUGGAUAGUUUUGGGUUCUUCGCUUUUUCAACUGUUUUCUGCCAAUGAACCGUAUUGCAGCCGGACUGUGAGCUGCAUCCCACCAGCGGUCAACAUGCCUCCCACAACCCCGUAUCCCGGGAAGUUCAGCUCCUGCGCUCCUUACGGCAACAACAACAACAGCCACCCUCAGCCUCACAGCCCGUACUGCAACGGCGGCGCCCCGAAGCCCGCCAAGGAAAGCGCCUACAGCGGCGCCUACUCUCCCGCGGAGAACCCGUACGACGUGCCGCAGCCCCACGGCUCGUACCGCAGCUCCUCGGUGUCCUCCGCCGCCGCCAGGGAGCACCAUUACAACAGCAGCUGCGCCGUUUCAGAGAACCCGUACUCCUCGUCGCAGCCUCACAGCCCCCGACAGCACAGCACUUCCUGUCCUGGACGCGCGUACCGCCACACCACCACAACAGCCACCUCCGCCGCCGCCGCCAGUAGCAGCAGCGGCGGCAGCAGCGAGCAGUGUUCUCGCAACAACUCCGUCGCAGCGAAAAGCCGGCGGCACGGGCACGGCGUCACCGCCAGCUACGGGGAGAUGUGUUACCAUGACAACAGUCUGGUUUCCGCAUCCCUCGAGGCCCUGAUCCAGCACCUGGUUCCCACAGUGGACUACUACCCGGAUAGGUCGUACGUGUUCACCUUCCUGCUGAGUUCGCGCCUCUUCCUGCACCCGUACGAGCUCAUGACGAAGGUGUGCCACCUGUGCGUGGAGCAGCAGCGGUCCGGCGACGCCCUGCUGGACAAGAUCCGUUUCCGAGAGGUGGCGCCCAAGCUGGUGCAGCUGCUCACCGAGUGGACGGAGACGUUCCCGUACGACUUCAGGGACGAGAGGAUGAUGCGCUGCCUCAAGGACAUGACGCAGCACGUGGCCCGGGGAGACGAGUACUCUUGGCGAGCCAUGCAGCAGAUGACCCAGCGGCUGAUCAAACGCCUCUCCGCCCUCGGCCAAUAUGAGGAGGCGGUGUCGGCGCUCAACGCCGUGGCGAUGGAGCGGCCCGCCUCCCUGAAGAGCAAACAGGCCUCGGGUCAGCGCAGCGACAUGAUGAGCGUGUGCGACGACCCCUUCGUGCUCGCCCAGCAGCUCACGCACAUCGAACUGGACAGACUGAGUUUUAUCGGUCCGGAGGAGUUCAUCCAAACAUUCGCCAGGAAGGAUCCUUUAGAGAACCAUAAGGGUUUCUUCCGGAAGCGUAAAACCAGUAACCUGGAGGCCUACAUCAACUGGUUCAACAGACUGAGUUAUCUGGUGGCCACUGAGAUCUGCAUGCCCGUGAAGAAGAAACACCGAGCACGUAUCAUAGAGUUCUUCAUCGACGUGGCUCAGGAGUGCUUCAACAUCGGCAAUUUCAACUCCCUCAUGGCCAUCAUCACCGGGAUGAACAUGAGUCCUGUGGCCAGACUGAGGAAAACCUGGAGUAAAGUCAAUACCGACAAGUUCGAAAUCCUGGAGCACCAGAUGGACCCGUCCAGUAACUUCAGCAACUACCGCACCGCGCUCCGUGGCGCCACCCAGAGGUCUGAGACGGCCCACAGCAGCCAGGAGAAGAUUGUGAUCCCUUUCUUCAGUCUCCUCAUUAAAGACAUCUACUUCCUGAAUGAAGGCUGUGCCAGCAGUCUGACCAACGGGCACAUCAACUUUGAGAAACUUUGGGAGCUGGCAAAGCAGGUGAGCGAAUUCCUGGUUUGGCGCCAGGUGAUUUGUCCAUUCGACAGAGACCGGCGGAUCCUCCAGUACCUCGUCACCACGCCCGUCUUCAGCGAAGAUGAGCUUCACCUGGCCUCGUAUGAGAGCGAAGGACCGGAGAACCACAUGGAGAAAGACAGUCGCAGGUCUCUUAGAUCUUCCCUCCUGCAUCGAGAGAAUCGGUCCUAAGAGAGCCACUGCUCUGCAGACUGUAAAUGAACGAGGUAUUUCAAAGCUACAGGUCCCUGCAGAUUAUCUCACGGACGCAUUUCUUCUUACAUUCCCUUGGAGAACAAACGCUGGAAUAUCGUGUGGCAUGUGUGCUUUGAGCGCACAGGAAGUAUCAACGAUUUUUAUAUCAAACGCUUGAACAGACCCUGAUGAAAUGACUUCAGUGCUGCCGUACUGAACCUCGGCACUCCCAAGAAGAGCUCGGAGAACGGAUUUGGAUCCCCAGCUGAGCUUCUUCUCCAACCUCCGCUCCGUCCACGGCACUUAAGAAGAUCGCAGAAGGAGUCAAACGUGUGGAUUUUCUUGAUAUGGCCGGUGGACCUCUAUCAUGGCGACAACAUAUCGUUGACUGGCCCACACUAUGGAAGCGCAAAGGGGCGGUUUUGUCUGUGAAUGGGACGGACGUGGACCCGAUUGGUGACAUUGCAACAUGAGCACUGCUUCUCCGCCGACAUCCUGACUGAGUUCAGUCAGGACCCACAGAGGAAGGAGAGAUGCGCCCUGAGAGGAAGACCAUCGAUUUGUAACAUGAGUAACGGCGGCCUGCUGCCUUCUCAAGUGGUGUUUCCUGCCGUGUUGUGCCGCCGAGUGCUCGAUUGUAGUGGCAACACACGAGAGCAGCAACUGCACCACAUCCUUUCCAUUGUCUCUCAGUUUGCACACAGCAACAAUUUUCGCCUACUUUACGGGUCAUUUGAGCCUUUCGAGUCAAUACACCAGCUGCAUAUUUCCCAAACACACAUUUUACUGUGCACUUUGACUGCGUAUCGGUGGUGCAACAUUGUGCGUCCGCAACAUCAUGCUAAUCAUGUUCAAUCAAAUGCACUUCAGUGGGUUCUUGUGUCUUGUGCUAUAGGAUGUGGUGACUCCUAUUUUAAGGCGUCUUUCUAUACAGUAUUAAGUUGUAUUUUGUAUCAGAAAGUAACAAAAGUAUUUUUUUGGUAUUUUCGGAAGUGUCACCGUGAGCUUGUUGCUGGUUGGCUGGCUCUGUGUGGGUAAGCUAGUUUUGUUAAUGCAACACCAGCUUGUGUAUGACAGGGACGUGUUGUGGGUCUGAAUGAGACAGAAACUGAAUGUGUGUGUGUGUGUGUGUGUGUGUGCAGCUUGGAUACAAACAGGACCGUCAUCCUCCAGCUUGAUGUGAUUCUUAAAAAUCUGCCUCUCAGUAAACGUGAUGCUAUUGUUAUGUUGUUGUUGUUGUGUUUUAUUAUAGCUCAUUUUACAAGUGUUUUCUCAUGUAUUCUUUUUGUUGUGUGCGUAUCAUUUGUGUUACCGGUCAGGGUACUUGUACUGAAGGUCUUUGUGAAAAGAGAAUUAUAUUUUUUCUUUCAAAUAAACGGAAUAACAAAAGAA